UCCAGUCCGUAGUGGUGGGAAGAAACGAAAGAUGGGUAAACUACAGGAAUUCGAAAUAACUCUGAAAAACAAUAAAGUAGUCUACGGUCCUGGCGAAUCUAUCUCUGGAUCUGUGAAAAUCUCGACUGCGCAACCAAUACAAUGUAAAGCAAUCAAGGUGAACUGCCAGGGUUUCUGCGGGGUGACAAGCAAGGCGAAUGACACGGCGUGGGUGGAGGAGGAGCAGUACUUCAGCAGUACUCUCUCUGUGGCAGAUAAAGGUACUCUGAAACAGGGCACACACAAUUUCACGUUCAAGUUUCUCAUACCAGCCACAGCUCCCACGUCAUAUGAAGGCCCAUAUGGAAGGAUUAUGUACAGAAUCAGAGCACUUAUUGACACUCCUCGCUUCUCCAAGGACUACAAGAUGGAGAAACCCUUCUACAUGCUCAACAACAUUGACCUCAACGAAGUUCCUGACAUACACGAGCCGAACUCUUCGUCUGUGACCAAGAACUUUUCCUACAUGCUGGUGAAGAACGGAACAGUGCUGCUGACGACCGAAACUGACCUUCGAGGUUACACCCCGGGCCAGGUCAUCAAACUGUCCACCAAGAUCGACAACAGGUCGGGGAAAUCCACAGGCUACGUGGUGGCCAGCCUAAUGCAGAAAGUGACGUAUCGCACGAAGAAGCCGACGCACGACCUGAGGGCGAUAGCGGAAGUGGAAGGGGCCGGGGUGAAGCCGGGGAAGCAGGCGGAGUGGAAGGAGCAGAUCAUUGUUCCCCCUUUGCCUCAGUCCUCUGUGGCUGGCUGUAACCUCAUCGAGAUCGCCUAUUUCAUCCAGGUCUCCCUGAAGUACCCGGAAACGUUGGUCACCUUGCCCAUCUGCAUCGGAAACAUCGCAGUCGACCCCAGCCGGCGUGCAGCUGCCAAGCCCCUGCCUCCCAUCCCGGCUCCGCGCAAUGCUGCGUAUGCCCCGCCCACCUCUCCCAGCCCAGCCCCCUCCCCCAGGCCUGCCCCUCGACCACGGCCACGCAGCAUGCUCGUCUCGCCCAGUGCUCCUCCUGCUGAGCCGGAUGGGAUGGGCGGAGAGGGUGGUGAGAGUGAAGAGAUCCCCACCAAGAGCCACUCCCAGCAGCAAGGUGGAGGCCCAGUGCCGGUCUUGUCUCCCAGCGCCUUCAGCUAUGCCCCGGGCCUCGCCUUCCCACAGCGACCCAAUGGCACCAACGCCUCCGAUGCUUCAGCGCCUCUGUUCUGCCUGUCCACAGGGGCCACUAUCCCAUUCUUCAGUGAGGGGAACAUCGCCCCUAUCCCAACUUCAUGCUCCCUGAUCCUACCACCGGACUACCAGAGUUCAGCUCAGCCAAGCGCGCCUCCACCAUCGUACGAAGACAGCUGCACCAACACAUAAAGGAUUUAUACAGUGUCUGAUGUAUAGAGGAUGACUUAUUGUGGAUGACUCCUUUUGUAAACAUGUACUUUGUAGGACUGGUCUUCUCUUAAUCACAGUUCUUGCACUUUUGGGACAUUGGGACCACGUUCACACCGGAGGUUCUUUGAUUUAAGCAAAAGGAUUUACUGAAAUAUCUUCUUUAAGCUUGGAAGUGCGUCUGUGAUGCCCCUCAUUUUAAUGUAUUUUUCUUUUUAGUUUAUUACCAUUCUUUAAGUUAUUCCUCAUCAAUAUUUGAACAUCCUGUGGAAAAGGUUUUUUUUGUUUUUUUUUAAAGCAAUGUUAUUAAAAUUAUUUCACAUAUUUUAUAACUUAAGAUGAAUAUCUAAGCCCUAGGAACAGAAGAAGAAUGGUUCGAUCCCUGUUGGGACUUAGUUUGACUUCUUUUUUAGAGGUUUUUUCUGGAGGGUCUACAACUACAUUCAUUUGGCAAUAAAAUGUAACAACAUUUACGUUAAGAUUGUUCACUUAAGACAUUAUAAAAGUAAAUACUGUUUGUUCAUUUCACUUAAGGUCAGAGAGUUGUGUUGCAUAAAAUAAAGCUGUAAUUCAGAUUACA